AUGGAGCCAGGGCUGCAACAAGCACGCAGCCGUGGGGCCCCUUCCCCUGACCCAGCCAUGCAGGUGCCGCCCGGCUCGGCAGACAGCCUCUGGAGAAGCACGAGGCCCUGGAGAAGCCGCAGCUACUUCUACCUCAGCACCAUCGCACUGGUGUGCCUUGUCGUGGCACUGGCUAUCAUUCUGGUCCUGGUAGUCCAGAAAAAGGACUCCACUCCAAAAACAACUGAGUCGGUCCCCCUUAAAGGAGGAAAUUGCUCAGAGGACCUCUUAUGUACCCUGAAAAGGACUCCAUCCAAGAAGUCAUGGGCCUACCUCCAAGUGUCGAAACAUCUCAACAGUGCCAAACUGUCAUGGAACCAAGAUGGUACCAUCCACGGACUCAUAUACCAGGAUGGGAACCUGGUGGUCCAAUUCCCAGGCUGGUACUUCAUCAUUUGUCAACUGCAAUUUCUCGUGCAGUGCUCAAAUCAUUCCAUGGACCUGACACUGCAGCUCGUCAUCAAUUCCAAGAUCAAAAAGCAGGCACUGGUAACAGUGUGUGAGUCUGGAGUUCAAGGCAAGAACAUCUACCACAAUCUCUCUCAGUUCUUGCUGCAUUACCUACAGGUCAACUCUACCAUAUCUGUCCGGGUGGAUAAUUUCCAGUAUGUGGAUACAAACACUUUCCCUCUUGAUAACGUGCUGUCCGUCUUCCUAUAUAGUAGCUCAGACUGA